AUGGUUCUGGGUCGCGUAGCGUCCCAGCGGCGGCGCAACUACAACCAGGCGGCUGAAAGCUAUCAUGAUGAUGAAGAAGGAUAUUUUGAUGAUGAGGUAGGUGGCACGCAUCGGGAUUGGGACGAUGGCGAGGUCGACGAUAGGGCCCCGCGAUCGGCGCGCCGGGUGAGCGACGAGUUUGGUGAUGCGCAGUCCAUGUACGAUGAUGUGGACGAGGAGCCAUACGAUGAUGAGAUGGACGAUGCGAUCUUGGACGAUCGCCACCACCACGGCCACGACCCGCACCGCCGCCAUCACCACCACCACCACCAUAACCGACAUGCCCCGCAGGAAGAGUCAACGACAGAGCCGUACGAGGACGACGACCGGAGCUAUGUGGACGACUUUGAGGACGGUACUGAGUACUACGACGAGCCUGAAGAUGGCCGGUCGUCGCGCCGGUAUGGCGAUGCAGAAGAUCGGUACGAAGAUGAGUCAGACUACGAUCCCAACUACCAUGCAGCCCAUGGCUACCAUGGCCGUGAUGGCCGCUCGUUCCAUCCUACCGAUACGGAUCAUGCGACGAGGCGCGGACAUGGUGUGUAUGUGGAACACCCGCAUACGGGCAUGGAGGACGUGGCGCAUGGCGCGUUCCCGGAGCCCAAGGCGGCGUCGUUCGACCCUCAUGAGCCGGGUGUAGAGACAGAGUCGGCGGGGGAUUUCCCGGCGUUCUUCCACCACAAGGUGGGAGACUACGGCGACUUUGGUCUUUUGUCACGCAUAUACCUUGAGAUCCGCCAGAUGAUGAUGUUCGGUCUCACGACGCUGGGCCUCACGAUUGUUAUAAAUUUGGCGUUUGUGCGGUACAUGAAUCCCUUCCGCAAGCACUACCCGAAGGCGCGUGUGGACUUUGAGUUUGAUCGCCGCAUUACGGGUGAACGGUACAGUGAGCGUGUGGAAUACUAUGCCGAGUACUGGGGCUACAAGUGCGAGGAGUACGAGGUGACGACGAAGGGCGGCUGGAUCCUCAAGGUGCACCGUGUGUCGGACCCGCGACGCCCAGGUGGACGUGGCUACCCUGUUCUGCUGCAGCACGGUAUUCUGUGUACGUCGCUGUUCUUCUUUACGUCGGAGGAACGUUCGCUGGGCUUUUGGCUCGUCGACCAGGGCUACGAUGUGUGGAGCAGCAACAUUCGUUCGAACUAUGGGGCUGGCCACACACGGUACAAGCGUUGGGACCCGCGGUUCUGGGCAUGGGGUCUGGUGGAAUUGGGCGACGACUUGGUCGACGUGGUCAACUUUGUGCUGGAAGUUACGGGCUACAAGCAGCUGGCGUACGUGGGUCACUCGCAGGGCACAGGCAGUAUGUUCCUGGCGCUGAACAAGUUCCCGACGUUUGGCCACAAGCUCUCGUCGUUCACGGCGCUGGGUCCGGCUGUAUACCCGGGUGCGUCGCUGAACCGCUUGCCAUUCAAGGUCAUGAAGAUGACACCGUCACGCUGGGCGUGGUCGCUGGUGUUUGGUGUGCGUGAGUUUAUGCCAGCGUUAGGCCUGGCGCGAGCAGUGCUACCCAAGUUCUUGAUGGGCCACUUGGGCUACAUCAUCUUUGCAUACCUCUUCGACUUCCACGACCACAACUGGGUCGAUCGCCACAAACCGAAAGUGUUUUGCUCGACGGGUGUGUUGACCUCGAGUGAGUUGCUCUACUACUGGAUCCACAGCUUCAUAUUCCGUGGUUGUGUAUUCGACCCACGCUUGACACAGCCGUGGUUCAACAAGGCCUUCCCGCCGCUGACAGUCGCCUACGGCUCGAUUGAUCAGCUCGUCGUCGGCAAGCCGCUGAUCGAACGCCUGCUGACGUACGAAAGCAAUGUGCAAAUCGUGCAUAUCCUGGAGCUCCAGGGGUACGAACACAUGGAUAUGGUGCUGGGUGUGGACGCGUACAAAACCGUGUUCCCCAAAAUCAAAGACACGAUCGUACGUACGAUCGAUCCAGAAGACGCACCCAUGCAGAAGAGCGUCAUGUAA